AUGCCUUCUCCAACCCAGGUCGGGAACACUAAAUUCACGGUUCUGAUCCGCCUACCUUUUCCCAGAGGCGAUUUUGUGGAUCCCCCGCCUGUUGAAUGGAAUGCUGCCAAAGACCAAGCCCUGUGGGAUAUUCUGUCGCGACCGUCAAAGGGAAAUGACAUAGACUGGAAAGCACUGUAUGGUACAUCCUCCUCUUGUCCUAGCAAAAUAUUGACCCCCUUCAGCGCGGAGAGCUUUGAUGUGACUCUUCAGUUUUUACUUCAGCAGGCAGCAUGGCUAUAUCAUCGGCAAUUAUCGCAAGUCCGCGCGCAGAUGCUUAGAGUAGGCACAACUCAUUCAAGUACUGCGUCUCCGGUGCCCGGUUCUAUCUAUGCCAGCACAGCGCUUGGACAGCCCACUAGAGCCGGUCAAGGCAGCGGAAUACGAGCUCCCGUUCGGCUCGUAUCUCAGUCGAAAGACACUCCGCCACUACGAGCCCCGAUGCCUAGACGUACUAGCUCUGGCACUACCGUCCAGCAGAUCAAAGGUCCUCGUGUGCCUUCGCAACCUGUAACCCCAACCCUGGAGACGAAGGAGCCUAGAUGGGAGAGCCAUCACGACCGCCGGCCUUCGACAAGCAGGCGCGAACAAGCUCCUGCUGCAGCCACCCUUUCCAAAUCACCCACUCUUGAAGAGGAAGAUUUUAUAUCAAGCUCAUCCGAAUCGAAUUCCGAUCCCGAAAUUGAUGCUUCAUCCCGUCGAAAGGGUUUUGGGUUCAAACGAUUCGGACGAUUCUCAACACAUAGACCCGGCUUGCGGGAGGAUGACAAUGACGACGAUGACGAGUCUCCUGCUUUCCUGCCUCUCUCGCGGGGUCUAGUGUCCGCGUCCCGGGGCGCUUCCGGUCACGAUCUCAGUGCUACUCUAAGGAUGGAACAGGAAGGAAUCGCUGCCUCCCAGCGGCAGGUGACAGAGCCAGCUCAAGGUUUAAGAAAGUCGAUGACCACAGAAUCAUCUGGCAGCUCUGUCAGCUCUGGUGUACCAGUCAGCCAUUCAAAUACUCAACUUCGCAGGCAAAUGAACCAUCCUAGUCCUAGACGAACUGCUGAAUUAGCUCAUAUGAGCCCUCGACGAUCGACUACUUCGGGUAGAGAUAUUAGUGAUGGGACCCCCAGCAUGGGCAGCAGCUUUAGUGACCUAGAUGAUACAAGCGUCACAGAGUCCAUGCUGCAAGAUGCGCUAUUGAACAACAUGCAACAUGGUGGUAUGGCGAGUCGUAUGAGCACAAUUAGCCAAGCCCUUCGCAGUCGCUAUCUACCAUAA